GCAGAAGUUUGAUUCUUUCUCUGUCCGUGUUUUUUUGGAAUAUUCAGGUGAAAAAUUCGUGUAGACGGCCCAGAGUCCGCGAAUUUUCCAGGACUGCAUUUUGGAACAGCUAGCUGAGAUAUUUUUGUUGAAAUCAAUACGUGUGUCUAAUAAGUAAUCAUAAAACACGGUGAUUGAUUUCCGGAAAAAACAAAGCUGCUUUGCGUGGGGUGUGUCCAUUUGUGUUUGCUAUCUAUCAUCGAUUAGUCAUCGUCGUUCCGUCGCAGCCUUCUGAACAAUGACCGAGCGUCACACUUUCGGGGGUACUAUAAGCCCAAUAACAUGUCAUGCCUGGAACAAGGAUCGCAGCCAAAUUGCCAUCUCUCCGAACAACAAUGAAGUGCACAUCUACAAACGGGAAGGAUCCGAGUGGAAACUGGGGGAUGUGUUGAAUCAGCAUGAUCUUCGUGUCAUGGGUAUCGACUGGGCUCCGAACACCAAUCGUAUCGUUACAUGUGCCGUCGAUAGGAACGCCUACGUUUGGACCCAGGGAGAUGAUGGAAAGUGGAAACCCACCUUGGUUCUAUUGAGAAUCAACCGGGCUGCGACCUGCGUUCGUUGGUCUCCUCUGGAGAAUAAGUUUGCUGUUGGUUCGGGUGCCCGAUUGAUUUCGGUGUGCUACUUUGAAUCGGAGAACGACUGGUGGGUUUCCAAGCAUAUCAAGAAGCCCAUCCGUUCGACGGUGACCUCACUGGAUUGGCAUCCGAACAAUGUACUGCUGGUGGCGGGUUCGACCGAUUACAAGGUGCGGGUGUUCUCAGCUUAUAUCAAGGAUAUCGAGCAACAUCCGGAACCGACGGCUUGGGGUCCGAAGAAGCCACUGGGGCAAAUGUUGGCUGAAUUCAAGAAUUCCACUACCGGAGGAGGGUGGGUUCAUAGUGUCAGCUUCUCUGCCGAUGGCAAUCGUGUUUGCUGGGUUGGUCAUGACAGUGCAAUUAGCAUUGCAGAAGCCAACAGCGGAAACGUUGCAAUCAAGCUCAAGACGGAGUAUCUUCCGUUCCUUUGCUGCGAGUGGAUUUCACCGCAAUCGAUUUUGGUUACCGGUCACAGUUGUGUGCCGCUAAUCUACACCUUCGACGGUAGCCGCAUCGUGCUGGCAGCCAAGUUGGAUCUAUCCACGAAGAAAGAGCAAAGUGGUAUCUCAGCUAUGAGGAUCUUCCAGUCGUUGGAUCGCAACUCCCGUACCGAGAACUCCGACACCAAUCUGGAGUCGAUCCACCAGAAUGCAAUCACCUGUGUGUGCAUCUAUUCCGGAGAUAAGGGUAACGCCGCACGGAUCAGCACCUCCGGUUUGGAUGGCCAACUGGUCAUUUGGGACAUCAACACCCUGACCCGCUCGAUGCAGGGUCUGCGGAUCUAAAGGCGGACGGGCUAAUAAAGGGAAGCAGUAUUCACCGGUCAAAAAGGUAAGCACGAAUGUUUUGCAUUCUUGUGGCAGUUCUUAUUUGGAUUAUUCGCUGCGAAGUUAGUGAGUGAUCUAUUCUGCAAUGCAUUUAGUCGAUCAGUUUGUAUGGACAAAGCUCUUCUAGCCGGUAAAGCAUGCCAAUAAAUUCCAGUCUUUACACUCGAA